AUGACCCUAAGGAUGCGCUGGACUGGACAGGCGAAGGGGGUCCUGGGAAGUUGGGGGAUCAUCUGCUUGGUGAUCUCUCUGCUCCUCCAGCAGCCAGGAGUCCACAGCAAGUGCUACUUCCAAGCUCAAGCCCCCUGCCACUAUGAAGGGAAGUAUUUUACCCUGGGUGAAUCUUGGCUCCGCAAGGACUGUUUCCAUUGUACCUGUCUGCAUCCCGUCGGUGUGGGCUGCUGUGACACGUCCCAGCAUCCCAUCGACUUCCCCGCGGGCUGUGAGGUACGUCAGGAGGCAGGAACCUGCCAAUUCUCCCUGGUGCAAAAAUCUGACCCUCAGCUGCCCUGCAAAGGGGGAGGGCCCGACCCAGAAUGGGGCUCAGCUAACACCCCUGCUCCUGGGGCUCCUGCUCCCCACUCCAGCUAA